CAGAAAUGCAAUGGCGGAACAAGCAUGGCUUUUCUGCAGAUUUGUCGUCGACACCGUAUACUUUUUGAGGGUGCAAGUGCUUCGGUAAAGCUUCUUUUGACAAGGAAAGGGUUUCAAAGUUGUCGAAUUCUACACAGUCAUAAAAGCAAACAUCUCCGCGUAGGUAAGAAAGAUUAUUCUUUCCCAUGUGUCAAAAAAUACGCACCCGGCAGCCGGGAAAUGUUUUUAGUUUUAAUCAGGGACAACCAGGAAAUAAUGAAAAUUAAAAACAACAAUAAUCAAUUAUCGGAUGAGGCUGAGGCUGAGUAUAAAUUAAAUAAUCUAGCAGGUCGAGGGUGGUUUAUAUCUACCUCCAUACGUUUGUCAGAUGUUUUAAGAAAAAUUGAAUGAGAUAAAAAAGAAUUAGACAUAAAUUUUAGACUACUGGGUAUCUAGUCGCCUGAGCAAACAGCUGACAUUUCGUGUCACCACCACUGGCUUCCCCCCAAAAUGACAUCUGAGAAACAAGCGCAGAAAUUCCAUACUCAUGACGCAUCACUACCCAGAUCUGGGUAGUGCUCCUGAUUGGUUGAAGCAAAUUUCUUUCCUGACAUGACCAAUAAUAGAAGUACCACCAAGAUCUGGGUAGUGAAUGUCAUCAGUUAAGAGGGUAUGAAAUUUAUGCAGUUGCUGCUCAGACGUCAUUUCGUGGGCAAACCAGUGGUUGCAUCACAAAAUGUUGGCUGUUUUCUCAAUGUAGUUAUCUCGUAUUUUGAAGGCAUAGAGAGGCCGAAAUACGAGUAAACAACAGAAUUUUCUCCGUCAGGUACAAGUUAUGAUUUCUCUUUUACCAUCAUUUAGAGAAGAAGGCAUUAAAUAAUGACAACAACUUUCUGGAACCAAAAUUACACAACUUCCAAUCCACACAUGGGUUUUGCACUAUAACGUCCCCUCUUGAUCAGAAAGUUGCUCCCUCAGCAGCAAAAGAUGUUUCUGCAGUUGACAGAGGCCACAAGAGGAAAACUAAAAAAGCAGAAAGUAACAAAAAGAAAACAGAUAAAAGUAGUGCUAAAAGCACUGAAACAGCUAAAGGAACAGACUCCAAAGGGAUUCAGAAUAAUGACACAGAUAGUGGAGCAGCAAAAAAGAAGAAUCCUUCUCAUAAAUAUGACUUGUCAAGGAAUAGUGAAAGAAAAAGUGAGAGGACAUUAUUGGAGAGUAUAAAUAAGCAGAAAAAAGGAACAAGUGAAUCUUCAAAACUAAGUAAAGAGAAUAAAGAUGUACUUGUGACAACAGUAGGGACAGCUGGGAACGAUGAUGAACAUAUGUUAGAUUAUGGUCCUGAAGCUAUCUUAGUUGCGGGGGAGGAUGAUCAUCAUGAUGAAACAGAAAUGGAGGAUCUUGGCGAUGUUUCUCAUCUAGUAACAACAAAAGAAUUUGCUAAGGAAAAAGAUGACAUUGAUUUGGAUUUUCUUAGUGAUGAUGAGGAAUCUACUGUAAGAACAGAGAGUGUAGCUGCAUUGGAGGAACUUGAAAUCACAUCUGGUGCAAUGUUUGACAGUAUUGUUCCAACUCCUAAAAAAUACAGAGAGGGAACAGCAGGUGGAAGGCUUUUUGAAGCACAGACUUUGGCUGAAAUAGAUGGAUAUCUGUUUCUAGGAAAUGUGAGUAAGGAGCCCAACAUGAGAAAAUAAAAAUAUGUUCAAAUUCAUGAUAUAGUCAACUCUCUUUAAGAUGGACACCUUUGGGACCAGCACUAUAUUUCUGUCUAAAAGUGACAUCCAUCUAUCAAGAGUUAAAUGAAGGGUGCCAAGAAAGGUGGGGACUAACUCAAGGUGUCCGUUUUACCGAGGUUCUAGUAUUUUAAAGACGUCUUUGGGACCAGCACUAUAUUUCUGUGUAAAAGUGACAUCCAUCUAUCUUGAGUUAAAUGAAGGGUGCCAAGAAAGCGGGGACUAACUCGAGGUGUCCGUUUUACCGAGGUUCUAGUCUUUUAAAGAUGUCUUUGGGACCAGCACUAUAUUUCUGUCUAAAAGUGACAUCCAUCUAUCAAGAGUUAAAUAAAGGGUGCCAAGAAAGGCGGGGACUAACUCGAGGUGUCUGUUUUACCGAGGUUCUAGUCUUUUAACGAUGUCUGUGGGACCAGCACUAUGUUUCUGUCUAAAAGUGACAUCCAUCUAUCAAGAGUUAAAUGAAGGGUGCCAAGAAAGGUGGGGACUAACUCGAGGUGUCCGUUUUACUGAGGUUCUAGUCUUUUAAAGAUGUCUUUGGGACCAGCACUAUGUUUCUGUCUAAAAGUGACAUCCAUUUAUCAAGAGUUAAAUAAAGGGUGCCAAGAAAGGCGGGGACUAACUCGAGGUGUCCAUUUUACCAAGGUCCUAGUCUUCUUAAGGUGUCUUUUAAGAGAGAGUGGACUGUACAUUUACAAGUAGACGGUAGAAACGGUUUUUAUGGUGUUCUUCUUGAUCUUCAUAAUUUGUCAGGCCAUAUGAAACCCAAAUCCAAUCAUUGCUUAUUGUUUAAUGCGACAUAAAAUCUUCAUAAAUUUUUGUUUUAAUAAAAGAACUUAAACACAUUAUUAUGCGUAAUGACACUAAGUUUCUCCUUGUGUCUAGCCCUAUCAAGCUGAAAAGCUGUUCAACAGGUAUCUGAGAAUGGGAAAGAAGUUUGAUGUAAAUACUUUUAACAAACUACUUCAUGGCUGGGCACAGAAAGGAAACCUGAUGAGUGUUAAGUUGCUGUUUAAACUGCUUAAGAGAGAAGGUCUAGAACCAGAUAUGGGAACCUAUGCUGCAAUGCUGCACGGCUAUGGCAAAUUUGAUGAUGUAGAUGGUGUUCGGAGUGUCAUUAAAGAAAUGGAGGAGAAGGUCAGUGAUAUUUUACUAAUAUUCUGUGUGCAUUUGUCUCUUCCAAAAUGAGAACAUAAUUUGUCAAGGAAAAUUUUUCUCCCAUUUUGAUUACCCACUCACACCUCAUCACAUACAUGUACCUUUUAAAAACCACCCCUCCCCCCCAUGAAACCAUGCAUGUCCCUGAUACCACAUGUGAUAUCAUCAGAGCUAAUAUUAUAUUUAAUAUUAUAUUGUUUUAUUGGGACUAAGUCAAGUGGCAUGUAUCGUCUGAACUACAAUGUUUAUGUAGGCAAGCAACGGCAAUUAAAAAUGCUAGGGGAUUUUAUUUUAUUUUUUCUUAUUUUGCUCAAUUCAUUUCGCUCAGUGUGCAAAGAAAGUAGUGUCCAAUAGCCCGGGGCUAGUGGAUUUUGCUAUCGGGCUAGUGAAUUCUUGGCCAACGGGCAAGUGAUGUUUUUUGAUUAAUUAAAAUAACAGAGGAACUGUGAAAUCAAUUCUGCUAGUCAAAAAGUUUUUGGGGCUAGUUGAAAUGAUGUCUGGGCUAGUAAAUGCUAGCUUCAGCUUGCCCGAAUGGCAAGCUGUAAAAAUGAUUUUCUUUGCACCCUGUCUCUAGAUACAAAGUUGCCAGUGUUAAAGCUUCCAGUUGCCAAGGAAAAUCCUUCAGGGCUCUGGCUCUUUUUGAUAGCUAGCCUUAUCCAUUCUCGACAGCUGUCUAACUCUGUCACCGUCUGCACAAACAUUUCAAUAGAGAAAUAUCAAUUUGGAAAGGAUCUAUUAUGUUUAUUUAUGAAAUAAUUAACUGUAGCGGGAUGUAAUUGUCUGCAGUCUCUUGGUUGUUAGAACUUAUUAAUUUUUAGUGCUCUUUCUAAUAUUUUUUUGUAUAGGAGUUUGAUAUCAGGCACAUAUUCCACAAGUGCUGUCUAACAGAACCUCAGGCUAAAGGAGUUUUGAAGGCAUUAAGACUUUUCAUCUCUGAUUACCAACCAAGUACUCCAGAAUCACGGAGCCAAAUCAAAUAUCCCAACCUUGUAAAGUCAUGGUAUUCAGACAGGGUUAACUUAGAUGAAAAACUGCAAAGUGUUCCUGGAAAACUUGAAAGAGAACUAGAUGAACCAAGACUCAAGGAGCUUUUUGAGCAACAAAUUUUACAGGAACUAUCAGGGUUUACACCCAUAAAGUCAGUCGAGGAUGACAAAGGGGACAGUGAAUUGAAUCAAAAAAGAAAGGAAAUGUUUUUAGAGUGUCGCAGCAAAUGGAGAAAAGCUUUAAUUGAGAGCAUUGAGAAAGAGUUGUUUGAAAUCAAGAACUCCAAAGGUACGGUGAACACGGACAUGUAGACUGGUGUCCAUACAUUGUCUUGUUUGACAUGAAAUUUAAGGAUCAUAGCAAAAGCUAUUCAAGCAGUACACUGUUAGUAUUUUUUUUUGUAAUGUUUUUGUUUUUCUUUACCUGGUGACUUUAAAGUUUAAGAGGAUAAAGUGUCACUAUAAAUGCGAAAUCUGCCGUCUGGGAAAUGCAUUGCACUGGUCAUACUUCGUGCCACUUGAAUUUUUGAACCCAGAUAUCAUGGUUUUCUUUUAAAAGGGUGCCAAAAUGGUUUGCAGGCAGAAAUAAGUCUGCUCAGUCAACCAGGAUAAGUAGGAAAAAAAUUGCUACAGAACAAUAAUUUGACUUUCCAAAAGGAAAUUCUUGUUUGUUGGUUGGUUUUCUUUUUCAGAACAAUUUAACUGAAGAACCACAAAAUUAAUGAGAAGUGCUCAAGGAUUGUCAUGCUGUUGGAAUAAAUUCACAUACGUUACUGUGUACAAGUUAUGAGUCAAAUUAAAUUCAGGUUUAAAAUUUUUUAAAUCUAGGUUGAUUCUCCAUUCCGUCUUCUCCUAGCCUUGAUUAUUAUGAAUUAGGGCUAGGAGAAAAGUGAAACUGAGAAUCAGUCAACAAUCGGCAACAAAAUUAGUUGAGACACUUUGCCCUGAUGGGGCUUUCUGAUGUUUUACUGAUUUCAAUGGGCAAAAUAAGACUUUUCCUCCCCCAUCCCCUCCAUGCAAUGUUUUGCCGCUGUUCAAGCUACAUACAGAAAACAAUGAACACCCCAACCGUGAAUGAAGGGGAGGGGUGUCGAUUCUUUUGUUCUCUGAAGUUACCCUAUUUUUUAAAUAGAAUGUCUCAACAUUUUUGUCACCAAUUGAAGGUUAAAAACUUUAACCUGAAUUUAAUUUUCAACUGUAACAUACAGGUACAUAGAUUUUGGAUACCAUGCUAAUGGUGCUCUUUCCUCUCCAUAGGGAAGUCUGUACACCCCAGAUUUGCACCUUUCUUCCAGGCAUUUGAACCUGAUGAGCUCGCUGAUAUUACCUUGGACACCAUUGUGUUUUAUGUGAAAGGACGUGUUGAAGGUGUACCUUUAUAUGGUGUUAGUGGAGCAUUGGGCUCAGUGCUUAACACAAAGUACAUUGUGAAACACAGAGUACAGUCUGGAAUGUUGGACAAGGUACAUGUAACUGCUGUUGAGCCUCUACAGUACUAUUACUGCCAGUACAACAACAACAAAACAUAUGACAUUUUAAACCAAAGUUAGAAACAAUAUGUGCACAACCCAAAAAGGCUAAAGGAGGUGAAUUACCGUAAAUCGUCUAUUAAGGUUCCCCCUCUCAAAUAAACCUCCUCCUUAUAAUAAGCCCCCCUCCCUUUUCAGGGGAAGAAAGAUGAUAAGCUCCCCCCUCUCUACUAAGCACCCCUCCCCUCCCCUAUUUAUUCUUUACCAAUAAAUGGUAGACUGUAUUGAUCAGUCAUGAUUGUAAAACUUCGUGUGGACUGAUCCCGGAUGGUUUAUUUACCAACUGGAAGUUCGCUUUUGACUCUGAUCCUCGACUACAUGAUCCUUCUUGUUCUUGAGCUUCUCCACUUUGUCUUCUAGUUCUUUAUAGAGAAAUGAUACCAUUGUCAUUUCUAAAUUAAAUACAGCUCCCCCUCUCAAAUAAGCCCCCCAUCUCUAUUAAGUCCCCUCCCAGUCAAAUGGGCAUGGAAUAAAUAAACCCCCCAGGGGAGCUUCAUAGAGGUUUUACAGUAUGUAAUAUGAAUAAAUAGAUUAUUCAAUAAAAAAGUUACAGAAAAACUGGAGAAAUAAUAAAACUUAUAAGAUAGUAGUGUGCAUUUAAUGACACAUGAACAGGGUGCAAAGUGAAGUCAAUUUUUACAGUUUGGUAAGCUGUAAGUACCAUGUACAAGCCAAGAGUCAUUCUAACUAGCCCAAGAAAAAAAUGUUGAUGAGCAGGAUUGAUUUCAGUUCUUCUGUAAUUUGAAUUCUCCAUAACCUACACUUACGCGUUGGGAAAAUCAAGAACGAAAUUCACUAGCCCCAUAGUAAAAGAGUGAGGUAAUAUCUACAUGUAGUUUUGGGCUAGGUAUUGGACAUGUCUUUCUUGUAAUGCUGUGCACACAAAAUGUGAUAGUACUGUAGAUGUAUAGUGAAUUAAAUGAAAGUAAAUAAGUUACAUAGAUAUAAAUGACUGUUAUAUUUGGUGUUUGGUUUCAAACGAAACCUCUGAACUGACUUGAGUGUUUGGUUCAGAUCGUCAAAGUGCUGAUAACAGCAGUUUAUCAUCAUCAUCAUCAUCAUCAUCAUCAUCAUCAUCAUCAUCAUUAUUUCUUCAUUUAGAUGAAGGGCAUAUAUCAUGACUAUUUUUCUUAUCUGAUGGAUGAGAGGCUUACAGCAAGGAGGAUGGCUCGAGAGUUCUGGAAUGAGCUGGAUGAUAUCCUUCCUUUUGGUGGUUCACUUCAGCAAGAAGUUCCAAUCUGGCCCUGGGCUACAAAAAUAGUAGUAAGUACUGCAGUGGUACAAUGAUUCUCCCUUGCAGAUCAUACCUUGUGUAGUGUACAAAUGUGGGUGACUUUGGACUUGAAACAGCCAUGUAGAGUUAAUUUUAGUUUUAGCUGCAUUUUUGUUUCUCAUGGAAAGAGGAGUGGCUGAGUUAGUGGGGGGAUCCAGGAUUUUUCUUACGAGGAGUGCACCACUAAGGAAUGGCGUAACUGACUGGUGACGUUAACAAAUUUUAAUACAGAAUACCAGUUGUAUUAGAAAGCUGCACGUCACCUCGGGGGGAGGGGGGGGGGUGCACACCCCCUGCACCCUCCCCCUCCCCCUAGGUCCGUUCCUGUGAGUGAUUAGCCAGAGUUCAAUCCCAUCCUAACUGCUGGAUGGAUUUGUUCUUGGUCAUCACAUGAGUGGCUCCAAUGUGAAAACAAACAAGGGACUAACAGUGCACUAAUCACAGGUAACCUUUGGGGUCGUAAAUUUUUCUUUUCUGCCCAUUUAGAAACUUUUUAGUUGUCAUGUGGCCUUGAAGUAGCCAAUCCGAGUGCACAAUGUUGGGGGAAACCAAGCUAUUUAGCAACAUACGGACGUUGUAUUAUCCGAUCUUUCUUUUUCUCGAAGGCUAUAAAGGGUCUAGUCAUUUACAAACUCUCUAUAACUGAUAAUAAUAUUGGCUUUCAGUUUGGAUGCUCAUUGGUGGAUUGCUUCCUCAAGUCAGCUCAAAUUAAUGUGAAUCUCUUCAACAAUCGCCCAGAAGAGUUGAUUCUUCCAGCUUUUUACCACACGUACGAAUUUAAGGUGAACAAGAAGCUGGGAGUGUUAAAGCCACACCCAGUCGUUUGUAAAUUGUUCAAGGAGUAUUUGGCGAGUCAGGGAGAGAUUUCUAUGGAAACAACAUCGGUGCCAAUGCUGGUCCCACCACGUCCAUGGAGAGCAACCAAGGAUGGCGCCUACCUUAUCUUACCAGGUUUGAGAACUUUAUCUGAACGUGGUUUUCGUGAGUAAUAUCAACCUUGUCAAUCAUUCCUGCCAGAACAUGACAAUCAUUAGAUUCUCCUUACAUCGCACAGGUUUAGAAGAAGAAUUAAUCUUAUCUUUCAACUCGUUUCUCUACCAGGAAAAAAAGACCUCUGCCAGCAGGGAACGAACGCUUUUCAUUCACUAAAUUGUUCUUGUUUACUAUGUUUCUUUGUUUCUACUUAUAGGGCCUAUAUUUAAAAUUAUGGCUAAAAACUAGUAAUAACCAAAGGUUAGGAAGUGCGGGCGACAACGAUUGGAAAUCCAAACGCUUUUGCUCCAUCGCUAUGCUUUGCGUAUGUUUCAAGUGACAGAUAGUCAAAACACGCGCGAUCAGAUUACGAGGGGUAGAAGGUCGAAACGCGCGUGACCAAAUUGUGUUCUGAGUAUCCCUUUCAUUCUUGGUGGAAGUCCAAACGAAUGCUGGCUACAUACAUGACAACCUGGCCCCGGUUGUUCAAACGUCGGAUAGCGCUAUCCACUGGAUAAAGCACUAUCCAGCGGAUAGCGUAAUUGAUUUCCGUAAUACUUAGCCGCUGGAUAGUGAUUUAUCCGGUGGAUAGCGCUAUCCGACGUUUGAACAACCAGGGCCUGGAGAUUAGGAUUCCGGGCUCCUAUUGUCGCCGGCAAUCAUAACCAAUGACACAUCGACAAAGUAACCAUAGAGGAAUCUAUUCCUGCAAAUUUAUUUCGGUUGGCCUGGCCUACAUCGCAGGCGUACUUGUAGCCUGCGACCCAACUGCGCAUUGGAAAUUUGGAGAGUCAGGGCAAGUGCUAAUCUGCCGCAAAUGAUUAGGGCGACAAAAGAAGGAAUCUUUUCUUACUUGUUCUCCUCCCAUCCUCACUUCUUGCUUGGAUCGCCACCAACAUGCAGGGCACGUGCAGGGCUCGAAAAACGUCCCAUCCGGUAGUCCGGGACAAGUAGAUUUUCUUGCUGGGAAAGUAACCUUUAAAGCUGACUUGACUGACCAGAAGGCAAGAGUCUAAGCAAGUCAUCCUCCUACAAAAUCAGUAUUUAAGACCAGCAAGAGGUGGCCUUGAGCAAGCAAAAUGUGAGAGCUGCUUGCCCAAAGGAUAAGCUGGAAUUUUUUUUUUUCGAGCCCUGUCGUGUGGACCUUCGUCUCUCAGGGUGCCCAAAUAGAGUUUGCUUGUAGGUUAGCUUUCCUUUUCUACGAACACGCCAGUGAUACAUGUAUGCAAGCCAUGUGUGGCCUUGGUCAACGUGUGGAUACAGGAAUAAGAUAAUAACUGUUUUUGUUUGUUACAGUUGAGCUUGUUCGCAGUGCUGGUGAUGAAGAAGGUCGGUAUGACAAACUGCUGGAGGAGAAAACAAGUAAGGAAGACUUGGUUGCUGUAUUUGACUCCCUGAACUUCCUUGGGUCUUGUGCGUGGAAGACAAAUAAACGAAUACUGGAUAUUGCCAUCCUCAUGUUUAACACUGGUGGUAAUGAUGACUUAGCUAUACCUGGUCCUGUGGCCGAGCCUCAAGUGGAGUCAAAAUCGCCCAAGUGAGUUACUCCGAGACAUGUUUAUUUUCUUGCUGGGCAAGUAACUUUUAAAGCUUACUUACCCAAUGGGCCAGUCAUCCUCUAACAAAAUCAUUUACUAGCAAGACUAGCAAGAAGUGACCCCGGACGAGCAAAAUGAGAGAGCAACUUGCCUAUUGAAGACAAGCCUGAACUCUAGUAAUUCAAUUUUUGCAAAGUUUUUAGCUCUGGUUUUAUAUUCAGUCAGUUACUCGGGUACUUUUAUUUAUCUAAAUCAAUAUUUUCAGGUCUAAAACUAACGCAGAAGAAAGAAGGAAACAAAUUCAAGAAAGACGAAUCGCCAAGAAACUGGCGCGUGAACAGUACUCCUUGCGCAUGUCAGCUUUGUACAAACUCUCUGUCGCCAAUCACUUCCGUGAUCACGUUUUCUGGCUGCCAAUCAACUUAGACUUCCGGGGAAGAGUCUAUCCUAUUCCUCCACACUGCUCGCAUGUCGGUGAGUACUGGAUCUAGCAUUCAAUGAGAUUAUCAGCAUACUACUCUUUUAGGGAGUCUUUGUUAACAUCAUUGAUUACAAUUUUCAACAGUGGCCUAAAAAAACAGCCGACAUUUGCCGACGCUGGCACCGGUUUUUCCCGCGAAAUGACGUCUGAGAAACGAGCGCAGAAAUUCCAUACUGAUGACGUGUCACUGGUUUUUUGCGUCAGUGCUUUCGAUUGGGUGAAGUAGCGAGGGAAAUUUGCUUCAGCCAAUCAGAAGUACUAUCCAGAUCUGGUUAGUGACACGUCAUCAGUAUGGAAUUACUGAAAAUGUGUAAAUGUCGGCUGUUUUCACAGGUUAGUCGUUGAGGACUGGGUUCCGCAUUCAAAGAUAUUAUAGGCAUACUGCUGUGUUAGAGAAUCGUUGCUAACAUCAUUGUUUACAGGCUUUUUUGUAGCCAUAAACAUUUUAUAGAAAAGUCAUCAUGACAAGUAAACAUGUACUCCAAUGUCUGAAAGAGCUUCCCUUCAAGAAAAGAUUAGCUUUACAAGUUUUAGUUCUGUGCAGGUAAUACUUGAGGAAAUAUCCUCAAUUGGACAAACGAAAUAUCAAAUUUCAGUGUGGUAUUAGCGUUAUUGAAGCUAUACAUUUAGAAUCGCAUUUUACAAAGAAAAACUGGUCUUUGCAAGAAAGGUAAUGACAAUUCUUGUUAGUGUUCAGAAUUUUUGAUAAGUUAUGUUUUUAAUUGUCACUUAGUGAGGGAAUUAUUUUAAACAAAGAUUCGCCUGUCGAAGGUCCUUUUACGAUAGAUUUUCAGUACCAACCUUCUCUCGUAAUUGGCCAUAACCGAUUUUGAGUAUGUCCAUCAUUAUUUUUGUGUUUCCUAGGGGAUGAUCUAAGCCGAGGAAUGCUUCAAUUUGCCAAGGGUGUCCCCUUGGGGGAGAAGGGUCUGGAUUGGCUGAAGAUACAUCUUGUAGCACUCCACGGUACUAAGAAAAAGUCUUCUUUAAAAGAACGUCUUCAGUAUGCUAACGACAUUAUGGACGAUAUAUUGGACUCAGCGGACAAUCCCCUGACGGUAGGUGAAUGAUUGGGUCAACACUCCGGUAAAUGCAAGUUCUACUUUCUUAGUGGAAGAAAAUUUCUUAUACGAAGCAGCUUUGUAAGGGAUGCAACGCGACUAUAUCAUUCUUGUAUUUUUUAUGGAAAAUGUUCCCCGGCGGCGGGGAAAAAAUAAAAUUUCUUGUUGAAGAAUAAUAACCAACGGCUGGCGUGUGGUCAAACUAAAAUGCUAACAUGGUGGUACCUGUUUCCUUCUAAAAAGAAAUCAAAAUUCGCAGUCCUGGUGUAUUUUUGGGGCGAGCGAAAGUGGCUUGUUUACGUUCGUAAUGCCGUGGCCGCCAUCUUUUGAUUUUAUGACGGAAGGUUAAGGAGAGUAGAGAUAUCAACCCUUGGGGUAGGCAUAAGGGCGAAAGAAGGCGACGGGGAAGGGGAAGGGGAGAAACCCCGUCCCCUUCCUCGCCCCUUUGACUUGCCUUAACUCCUCGAUUUUUUACGGUUACGCGAGCUUAAAUAUUCGUGCACCCUGGCUAUGUAAGGGUACAUUAGUGUUGUUUUUGACGUAGAAAUGUGUUCGAUCAAUACCACCAAAUUUGGCCACGGUUUCUGCCCGAUAUCUAACUCACUGCGUGCUCCAAGCCCAUUAAGUGUUUAUCUUCUUACAGGGUCGAGGAUGGUGGAAAACCGCUGAUGAUCCUUGGCAGGCGCUGGCCACAUGCAUGGAGAUCGCGGACGCUACCCGUUCCCCAGACCCCACGCGGUUUAUUUCCCAUCAGCCUGUUCAUCAGGAUGGUUCUUGUAACGGGCUUCAGCACUACGCUGCUCUGGGCCAGGAUACGUAUGGCGCUAAACAAGUGAAUCUACUGCCUGCUGACAGGCCACAAGAUGUUUAUGAGGAGGUAAAAGUUGCGUUUCUCUCUAAGCAUUAGCGUUGGGAGACUUGCGCGCUUUCAUGAUUCUGGAAGCUAUAACUGACCUGGGUCUUCGGUCCCUGGUGGGUUCAACCAUGCAAGGCAGGUUUUUUGGUGAAAUGCCAGUCGAGUUUCCUGGACCUGUCUGUCGCGUAGUUGGUUUGUUACGUAAACAAACCACGAACUACGUUACGCGACAGACAAGCCACGCGAACGACUUCGUAAACGCUAAAAGCCAUGCAAGAGAGAAACCUCUGCUCGCAGGGUACCAGAUUGGAGGUUGCGCGAUGAGUUAAUAUUCCAUCCCCGUAAAACUGUGUCAUAUAGAUGGCUGAAACCACACACACCGUUAAGAAAGGCUGGUGGAGAGACGUGGAGGCCUUUCGUGCAACAGAGCGCGAAGAGUCGAGUUGAGGUGGGAAAAAUGGCAUUGCAUGCAAUCGAACUACAGAGAACGGGAGUGGGAGGUGGGUGGGGCGAGGAGGGGGUUAUGUUUGAGCAAGUGUAGGAGGCCGAGGAGGGCAAGGAUUCGAGGGAAUUCUCGAACGAGAAGAGCUAAAUCCUAAAUACCUACGAUAAACUUUGUAGUCAUUAGUAUUAUUUUUUCUGUACCUUGCUCUUCAGGUCGCUAAACUUGUCGAAGCUGCUCGGUUGCGUGACGCUGAAGCUGGUCACGAAAUUGCUAAAGAACUUGAAGGAAAAGUCACUCGUAAAGUGGUGAAACAGACGGUUAUGACCAUUGUUUAUGGCGUCACGUUCGUUGGUGGCCGAUUGCAGAUUGAGCGCCAAUUAAAAGACUUGGAAAUGAAUGACAAAGUUAUUUUUAAGGCUUCUACAUACCUGGUCACCAAGGUUUUCGCAAGUAUUGGGGAGAUGUUUACUGCCGCAAGAGCCAUCCAAGUGAGUCGAUUAAAUAGAAUCAGAGGUUUCUUGUGAGCCCUGCAAGUUUAUAUAAUUAUGCAAUUAGGGUUUGUAUGUGUAAUCAAAUGGUGGCGAGUGGAGUUAGGGAAUAAUUUCACGCGCGUCUUGUCCAAAUUCUAACAUGAAUUGACUGAAUUGAGUGUUUAGUGUUAAGAAUGGAAUAUCUUUGGUCUGUUUAUAGUCCCUUUUUUGCUCGUAAGAUCAUCGGCAUCGAGCACUUACCCAUCCCCCGCCCAAGCAAAUUUUUAACUCAUCCCCGGUCUAAACUCGGUACAUAAGAUGAACCCAUUCAAUCUUACGGAGAAUGACGGAGUCCCAAUAGGUGGUUUUAACUUCUGAAUCCGUGAACAAAAUCCUAUUGUGUGACCAUUCAAAUGACACCUCUCGAGCAAUACUAUAGCAUGGUACUAUUUGCUUUUCAGCCUGGUGAAAAUUAGAAAUGUUGUCGAGGCUUGACUUUGAUCACUUUUGGGAGGGAAAGGUUUAUGUUCAUUUGACAGAUUCUCCCCUUUGAAAGAAUUCAUUUGAAUCUUUUGAACCUUGUAAUCUUUUCUACAGCAGUCAAAAAAGUUAUAAAGUAGAGACAGUUACGUAUUUCUGCUAAUAAACCUUGAAAAUUCAUCCCCCAGCCUCGGAAUCAGCCUCUAAUCAGGCCCCCUUCUUAUAUGCGGCCAAUGGAAAAAAAGCCCCGGGGCGGCCAAAUACGUGCAAUAUGGAACUCCACCUUUAAUUAUUCAUUUCCUUUUUUUUUUUCGCAUUUGAGGGAAUACCAUAAAUGAUCGAUUAAGCGCCGCUCUCGACUGAGCGCCGCGACGCUUAUUUGGUAUUUACAAAUUAACGCCCCACCUUUGCUACGGCGCUUGAUAUCGCUUGAGAAAUAAGACCUCGACCAACUCGUGAGUUCUAAAGUUUUAAUGUAGGGAAACUCUUGAAACCGGGUUCAUAUAACACUUCGAGGUGUAACUAUUUUAUACUGUUAGUACAAAAUCAUACAUUCCAAGUACGCACCUCACUCAAUUCUUUCUAUAUUCCCCUCAGUGUUUUACCCGUGGUUGAAAUAGGCACCGCUCUCGUAUAAGCGCCGCACCUAUAACAGGUAAAAUGAAAUUAGCGCCACGUCGCUUAAUCGAUCAUUUACGGUAGUUAGUAAUGGCUUUUUCUUCACUUGCAGAAUUGGUUUGCCUCAUCAGCCACGCAGAUCGCUUUGUCUGGUCAUUACGUGGACUGGUACACACCCCUUGGUCUGUAUGUCAGUCAGCCGUACUCCAAAAAGCCUCCUCAAAAAGUCGUGCGCACCAAGCUGCAAUGGAUGUUGAUUAAGUCCAAAGGCCUGCCUCACGUCCCACCCGACUCUAGAAAGCAGCGUGGAGCCUUCCCGCCAAACUUUGUCCAUUCGCUGGACUCUACUCACAUGAUGUUGACCGCGCUAUUUUGUCAGCGAUCUGGCGCGACAUUUUCGUCGGUACACGACAGCUUCUGGACACAUGCAGCCAAUGUGGGAGUAAUGAAUCGAGUAAGUUAGAGUCUCUGGAAAAGAUGGGUAGCCUGCUAAUCGGGACCGGUGGUGGGUACCCUGUAAGCAAUUUUAUUUCCAAAAAAGUGGCCUUCGCUCGCAGGGUAUGUCGUGGGAGAGAAGGGAUUUGGCGAAGGACGGCUAGAGGCUGACACAAAUCAGAUGAAUUAAAGUUAAAAAAUGUAUGGAAUUUACUUCAAACUGACGUUAUAAUUUUGUUGAUGCUGCAACAGUGUGUUUGUUUAGUUUUGAUUUACCAAAUUUAUGAGAGCUUUACUACGAAAGUUCUAAGCGUUUGAAUGCAGAAAAUGUCAGGUGGUUGCGGAUCACUUCCUGGUGAUCUACGUACUCUUCAGGGGUACUGUUACUCUACGGGCUUUCAUCAUUACUAAUUUCUGAAUCCGGCCUACUUGGUUUUGAUCGGGAUUGUUGUACCAUGCAUUUGAAGGGGAGACCUCAAACUUCUCGAUUAAAAGGUCUACAUUAAUGGGAUUGAAAUCUCCCUCAUAGACUCGAUUUCCGCCGGUCUUUCGGGUCCGAUCGUGUUCCUUCCUGAAAAGAGACGGCUGGACGCGUGAGUCGUCGAUCGUAUCUGUGACUUUUAUUCAAAAUUUAAUUUAUGCAUCGUUAGGAAACGCCGGAAAUGGGAAAUGUCAUCAGACACCAAACACAUGCUGUGUUUUUGCCUCUUCGCCAAAAAAAACCUGCAGCAAUACGUAUGCCGGCGUACGUCUUUUCAAAAAGGAGCGCGGGCUCAUUUCCCGAACAGCGGUUGGUAAUCGAGCCUUACCAGCCUAGCAGCCGACAGCCUAUCUCCCUUACGGAGUGAGAGUUGAGGGUAAAGGUGGAUAGAGACAAUGUAUGGAAGGUCACGCGUAAAGGUAAAAGUUAAACCUCGCACGGAAAAAUUACGCGACAGUGGAAAUCAAUCCUAAGGGUCCAUAUGAAUGGCAUUACUAUUGAAUGCAGGCUUCUUCCACCGUUGUUCACCGAUUUAGUAUGUUGUGUGGUUUUUGGCAUCUUGUGUGGUGUCAGUAGUAAAGAAUCCUUUGGUUUUUGUCCUCUUUACUCAGAUUUGUCGUGAACAGUUCGUUGCUCUUCAUAAUGAGCCAAUACUGGAGGAACUUCAUGAACAUUUCCACAAGAAUUACUCAGACCUGAAGUAAGUCAAUUAAUCGUUUAAUGAGUCAGCGUGAUUAUGUCAUGAUAUGAAGCACAUGGGAAGUUUGAAGUGUAGGAAAGAGGCGUAAAGGUGAUGUUACGCGGGACGAUUCGCAACGACGAUUUUUAACGCAAUGUAGCGUGGCAACAUUGCUGCGACAUUGUUUCGAAUGUUACAACAUUGCUCCAACAUUGCAACGCUGUGUUGCGCUAAAAAUCGUCGUUGUGAAUCAUCCCAUGUAACAUCACCUUAAAGGUUGCUCGAGGCGCAGCCAAAAACAUUUAGAAAGGUUUUAGAAUUCAUAAUAAGAUUGAAAACGACAUUUCGCCGACGAAUUGUUUCGAAAGAGAGGACUGCAAAGAAUAAUUUACACGCCACAGCACUAACACCCUCAUUCCUCUACUAUCUGUUAACAAACUCAAAGGUUUUUCUCUUUAGAUUACGUUAUUAAACACAUGGUAAAUGCUUCAUCGUGUACUAUUGAGGUGCGGAUGCACGUGGGAGGAUUUGCUAGACUCACGAGAACGCGGUCGUUAUUAGCGCGCUAAGUGGGAAUAUGAAGCACGCUCGCUUUAGACCAUUUGCAAGGUGGCGUCGUUUUAUUAGUACUACCAGAAUCCAUUUCGUUUUCCGUUCAUAUUUAAAUUUGCCAAUGCCAGCGAGGAUUAAAACAACAAAAAUAUUAAUUUACAUAAGAAAGCAAAACACUGAAGAAUUCUGGUAUUGGUAGUAGUAAAAUGAUGUCAUCGUGCAAAUGGCCUAUUGAACGUUCGAUAUAUUAAAAUUCUGACAUGACUCCGAGGAUUUCUGGUCAUUUUUCUAUAUUUGAUUUGGUUUUCUUUGUGCUCAAGUCUCUUCUGCGAAUUGUGAGACAAUGGAGUUUGCAAUUUUGUCCCCAAAGCCUCGGAGUCGUGAUAGAAUUUUAAUAUAUCGAACGUGGGCCAUUUGAUUACGCGAAUAUUCUAUCUAUGUUAUAACGCCUACUCCAUCGCUGUUUUGUUCCUGGUAACACACGAUUCUGUUUGACUCUCCAAUAUGGCGUUUUUGCAGGUUAGUUCGUCCGUUAAAAUCAAAGGAGAGUGGAAAGGAACUAACACAUGUGACAUUCGAAGGAAGACCAGAUUACGGUAUGUUUGUAUAGGUAAUAGCAUGAUUUGUAGUGAUAUUUGGCAUAAAUACCACGAGUGAUGUUUCAAAAUUGUUAUACUUAAUUUCACGAGCCUUAAGGCGAGUGAAGUAUGAGACAAUUUUUAAAUAUCACUAGUAGUAUUUAUGCCAAAUAUCAGGCACAAAUCAUGCUUAAUUGUUUAUACUACUACCCAGGAAAAGUUUGUGAUUUUCACAUGUAGUAGUUAUUUCAAAUUAAGCUGAAAUACCACUGCUCUAAGCCAAUCAAACUGCAGAAAUUUCUCAUGUAGUAAUAUAAUUCACCUAAAACUACGAGUAAGUACCCUGAGUACCACACGUUUUCCUCGUCUGCGACUUUUGCGGUGUUUGCUGGGAGAUGCUUCUGGUUGGCUGCUAGCCUGCGUAGCCAUUCGUCGAAAAUUUCUCGAAAACUCGCUCGGAAACGACGCAGCCUAGUCGGCCCGUAGGCCGAAGCCACGAGUGGCGAAGCCGAACCACUUAUUGACCCCUGGAUGUUUUCGUAUAAGCAGGAAUGUAAUUGGUUCGGCGCUAUAAAAGCGAUGGCUUUCUGGUCCAGAUUUAAAAGCGUCUGGUUUCAAGGGUAUCGAGUCAGCUGUGCGGUCAAAUUCAUAUAUCGGUUAAGUCGUUCGUGAAAAUGUGGUUUCUAUUCCUUCAUUCCGCGGUCUUCGUUAUAUAUUUCAUUAUUUGUUUAUUUGCUUUUUUCUAUUGUGGGAAACGUAGGUAGCGUGUUUUUUAAUAAGGUUGUAUGACUCAAAAGAUUUGAUCGCCUGAGUAUCUCUUUCUCGCGCGUCCUGCACUUUUUAGGACAGCCGCUGACAAGGCGCUGGAGAUGACAGUGCACGAUAAACAAAGUAGAGACGCUCAUACUUUCAUUGAAAUGCAAGAGAAUACACUAGAAGUCGCCCGAACAGUCCUUAAUGAAACUACUUGUAGCUUACAUGUACUGAGUACAUGUAACCUUAACAGCGUUUUCUCUCCUUUUCAUUUAUUUUCAGGAGACUUUGACAUCAAAGAAGUUCUUAACUCCACCUACUUCUUCUGCUGAACAAUGUCACAAUGCUGAUGUAUGUGUUUAUGUACCUUUCUUCCGUGAAAGUAAAGCCUGUACGAUUUUAAUUCCUGAGAUUGAAGGCUGAAAACCCCUGAGUUGGGAACUAUCUUAUUGGGAGUUUCACCCUAUGUAAGGUAAUCUGGAUUCCGGAAUACGAGAAAUUUUUCUUUGCGAAGUGCGAAAUCCGGGAUGUUUCUGCUUUUGAAAUCUGGAAUCCCGCUAAUGAUUAGAAUGCGGAGACAAGGAAUCCCGAAUCCAGUACUUGGAGUCCAGAAUGAAAGGAAUGGCAUGGGACCAGACGAGUCGUUUCGCGCUUGGCUCAAAAUGCCGCGUUCGCCUCGCUUGGCUCGUAAAGCGCCUGUUAUACAGGCUUCCACGCUAGUAAAUAGACAACUGGAUGCCUCGUCCUGUUGUGUACUAGCUGACGUCAUGACUUAGUCAAAGGCAUUUGAAGAACGCAAGGUAAAGUUUGAAAAUUUGUGAUGGUGGGUGGUAAUUGGCAAAAAACGGCGACACAAUCAAACCAGUGCGCCCACCAUAUUCGGAAGCCAUGCGGGCUUCAAAGCUAUUAACACUGCUGGUGCUGG